AUGUUGUGGAAAAAGUAUUUGUUGAGAAAAUUACCUUUUUUAAAAUGGUCGAGGCAAUACAGCUUAGACACAGGGAUCACUGAUUUUGUUGGAGGGGUAACAGUUGGUCUUACAUUAAUACCUCAAGCAAUAGCAUUUGCUGUAAUCGCCGGACUAGAACCACAAAAUGGACUCUAUGCUGCAUUAUGUGGUGGAUACAUUUACGCAUUUUUUGGAACGGUUCCCGAAAUGAGCGUAGCACCAACGGCAAUUUUAUCGCUGCUUUGUGAAGCUUACAUUAAGCCUGUGAGCUUUGGUCGUGUGGAAGCUGCAGCUCUGUUGGCUUUUCUUUCAGGAUCUAUACAAGUUAUUUUUGGAAUUUUACAAUUUGGUCUACUAACGAAUUUUGUAUCGUCUCCAGUUGUUUCCGCUUUCACUUCAGCUGCCGCAUUGACAAUAGCCUCGUCACAAAUUAAAAAUAUACUUGGACUGAACUUUGAUGCUGGGCAUAAUUUUUUCAAGUUGUGGAAAAAUAUACUGGCUCAUAUAUAUCAAUGUAGAUUAUGGGAUAGCGUCCUAGGAAUAACGUGUUGUAUAAUAUUACUUCUUUUGAGGAAGCUGAAAGUGUAUGCAGCUCCUUUGUUUCAAGCCCCCGGGGAUAUAAAACAAUCGAUCAGAAAGAAGAUUUUUUAUAUUCUAACGAUAGCAAGAAAUGGACUGGUGGUGAUUACAUCCGCUGCAUUGGCUUAUAGUCUAGAAAAUCACGGGCUAGAACCAUUUCAGUUAACAGGAAGUGUAGAAGCGACUCUGCCAACUGUCUCUUUCUCAUUUUUCCAUAUAGAAGAGCAAAAUAAAACGUUCUCUUUUGGAGACAUAAUGUCUGAGAUUGGAGCAGGAGUUAUCUUCAUACCCUUCCUAGAUAUGUUGGCAAUCGUGGGCAUCGGUAAAGCUUUUGCUCAAGGAAAAGUACUAGAUGUGUCUCAAGAAAUGUUUGCAAUAGGUUUAUGUAAUUUAGUUAGUUCAUUGUUACAAGGAUAUCCAGUAAAUGGCUCAUUUUCCAGAGCGGCAGUUGCUAGAGCAAGCGGUGUUAGAACUCCUUUUUGCGGAGUAUACACAGCUAUCUUGGUACUGCUAUCAAUUACGUUGUUGUCCCCAUAUUUUCCCUACAUACCCAAAGCCACUUUGGCAGCAGUGAUUAUAUGCGCCGUAACGUUUAUGAUUGACUUGAAAAUUAUCUAUAUUAUUUGGAAAGUUAACAGACUGGAUUUAAUCCCAUUCUGGGCAACUUUAAUAUCAUGCUUGUUAUUUGGACUAGAAAUUGGAAUACUGGUAGGAGUACUGGUAGAUCUAUUGAAGUUUUUGGUGUUCUAUUCAUAUCCUAAAAUAAUGAUGGAUACUAAAUUGAUUGAUUUGGAAUCAACAUGUCUGACUUUAACUCCAACAUCUUCGGUAUUUUAUUUUUCCUCUGAAUAUGUGAGAUCUAAAGUUUUAGAAGAGUCGUCAUCAAAUGAAAUCAUUAAGGUCGUCAUUGAUUGGAGUAGAAUCGAAGAAGUUGACUAUACAACAGCUUUGUGCUUCAAAGAGCUCGUUCAAGAUUUAAAAUCUAAUAAUAAAGAAGUACUUUUCAUAAACUUGAAUGAAAAAAUAGAAAACAAAUUAAUGACUGUGUUUGGAGAUAUUAAGAAUAUUCCAUUUGAUAAUCAAAAUUUAUAG